UCUACUGUUAUAUAUCACGUCUAUGAUAAAAGUUACAGUUUGAUGAUAUCAUAGUUGCCAAAUGUAUAUUACCAAAGAGACGGGUCUACAGAAGUUCAUUUUGCUUUUGAUGUUAUUAUUGACACUCGAAGUUCCUUUACCUCUUUUUCUAAAUUCUAAUGUAGAUCUUGAUAUUUAGAUAUAACCAUACUGUAUAGAAGAGAUAGAGAGAUAUAUAGAUAGAUAGAGAGAAAGAAAGAGAGAGAAAGAGAGAGAGAGAGAAAGAAAAAAAAAAGAAUUCAAUGUUAGUGUGUGUGGAACGAGAAUACAAUUUGUAAAGUAACUAAAUUAUAUUUGAUGAAAAUGGCGUGGUGAAAGUUACUUUCCACAUUUUAUAAGGGCCUCUGCAAGUACUCGUUAAUAUUUUUCCUGUGCUUUUCAAAUUGAUAAUGAAAUAGAAAUGAUCCAGUACAUACACGGAAAGAUCAUAAUUCAAUUUAAUAUACUGAAUUAAUAUAUUUAUUGUCGAUUAUAUGUAAUAAUAAAAUGUGAUACAUACGUGUUUUCUGUGUAUCGUUUGAUUUAUUACAAAUGAAAGCUAAAAACUAAUGAGAUGAAUAAUUAAGAAAGCUGGCCUUUUAUCUGAACAUUUUGCAAAAAUGGAAGAUAGUUCAAAUUCAGAAAAUCUAUGGCAUAAAAGUAAAGUAGAGGAACAGCAGGCUGAUCUAUUUAACGGAGAAUCAACGACUGGAUCAGUAGAAGCUAAUUCUACGUCCUUAGCUGAUAUAUUUGAUACAGCAUUCUCAUCUACGGUUGAUCCAUCUCCACAAUCUCGUUUUACUUCUGGAAAUGAGAUGGAAUACGAACAUUUAUUUGCAGAAAGUGACAUCGAAGAAUCAGAGGUAACACCUAUGGAAUCAUAUAAUAAUACGGCCCAUGCUAAUUCACAAAAUAGCUUUAUGUUUGGAGGCUACAUUACAUCAUCUGAUACAAAUGGUAAUUCCAAUGAAUAUUGGCAAACUGAUACUUUAAAUUGUGAUAUGUGCCAAAACAGACAAGAAAGAACUUUUAAGAAAGAAUCGGUUGCACGACAAUUAAAUAGUACAAGAGAAGAUAGAACUGGUGACACUUAUAGACAUAAAAGAAUUUUACAUGAUCAGGAUGGAUCUGUGAAGCAUAAAAAAAAAGAGAAUGAUGAACAAAAACGUAGAACUGAUCAACAAGUAGAUAACUUCAAUAUAGCUGGACCAUCUAGGACAUCAGAUUAUUACAAUACUAACAGUUCCGUGAUAUCACCAGAACAUAUUAAUGGUGUUAAUGGAGCUUUAUUACAGACUGUUGAAAAUAGAAAUGUCAAUGAACCUAAUAAUUUAUGUCACCCUGAUUUAUCUGCUGUAAUAAAUUCUCAAGAAGCACAUACAAAUAUCGCUCAUUCAUCAAGAAUUGAUGAUGCCCCAUCGGCACCAGAUUUACAAUUAGACUGGUCAUCCAGUAGUGAUAGUGACGAUGAAGAUGGAUCUAUAGAAGUUCUUGGAACUGUAAAUCAUAACGAAAAUUCUGUACAAAAUGACAACGAAGAAAAUCGUACAGUAACUUUGGUUGACUUAACCGCAGAAUCUGAUGAAGAACCACCAUCUUCAUCUACAUCAUUUAACAAUCCAGUAAAUCCAUGGACAGGAGAACACAUUCAAAGAACACAUAUGUAUCACAAUCGACAUAUGUAUUAUCGUUAUCGAACUCCAACAUUUCAUUCAAGAUAUAAUACGCUAGGAGAUACAACAACAGGUACUACAUCUUCUCGUAUGCAUCCUGUUCAAGAAAGAUUAUGGAUGAACCAACAACGUGUUCAAGAGGUUCACAGAAGAAGACUUUAUCCAAGAUCUUCGUCGCAUCAUGCUAGCAGUUGUAUGCCAUCAAAUACGCACUUAAACCAAACCACAGAGCAUGAGCAUUCUUAUAGAAAUUGUUUUCCACCAACUCAUAUUCAUUCGAAUACCCACUGUAAUGGAAAUGAUGCUGUUCCAUUUGCUGAAAAUUAUAUUUCACCUUCUCUUAUACCACCACGAUUAUUACCAUCUAGAGUCUUGCCACCACCCCAACAACCGACUGUUUACAGUCAUCCAGAAGCAAGAGGACCACCAAAUUUUGCUCCUACUUGUGCACCAACUAUGAUGGUAAACCAUUUAAGUGAUGUAGAAGAAAUGGAACCUUCUCAGGAUAUGAUGACAUCAAUACCAGUUCAUCAACAUGUUCAUCAUCAUAUGUAUCAUUACGAUACACAUCCACAAAUACCUCAGCGUAUGCAUCAUGUGCAUAUAAUGCCUUCACGUAUGCAUCAUCUUCACAUAAGUUUCUCUCCAAAUUUGCAUACAUCUAUAACACGUGGAAAUACGUUACCACCUACAACAGGUUUACCAGAUUUAAUACUACAUCAACCAAGACAUAUAUCUGCACGUCUUGAAAAUUACAUGCGAAUCGUUGAUCUACGGCGUAUGGCUCAUAUAAGUUAUGGUGCCACCCAAGAAUCUAUCGAAAAUCACACAUUCCCACAUAAAUACAAACGGGUGAAAAAAGUAGAAAAUGGUGAAGAUGCAAUUGAAAAAUGUACAAUAUGUUUAUCAGAAUUUGAAGAUUGCGAAAGUGUGAGGAGGCUUCCAUGUAUGCAUUUAUUUCACAUAGAUUGCGUCGACCAAUGGUUGUGCACCAACAAGCGUUGUCCUAUUUGUCGAGUAGAUAUUGAAACAUUUUUGCAAAAGGAAAUUAUUGUGUAGCUUUUGAUUAAUAAGCUCCAUCUGUUACAUUUCACAUAUUACAUAAAAAGAAAAAAAUAAAAACAAAAAAAAAACAAAAAAAAAAAACAAAACAAAAAAAGAAAGAAAAAACUAACAGAUGUAUAUGCUUUGAAGGUUCUUCGAAGAACUUACUUUUUUAAUAGUACAACGCGUACAGGUUUGAAAAUUUUGCUAUACAUAAUCAAAUAACAAAUACAGCCAGAGGCAUAAAGUUAAGGCAUAUUUAUAGUUGACAAAAGAACAAAAAAAAAGAAAAAAAAAGAAAAGAAAAGAA